AAACUUGGACCCGAUCACCCCUCAACUCCCACUACAUCGGUAGCUUUGAACAUCUUCCUUGUGCAAACCAGUUCAUUCCGCGACGGUGUUCUGCUUCUACGUGCUGUAAGAAGCAAGCAAGCAAGCAACUAGGAGCUAACCAGCCAGUCAGGUGAAGAGAGCAUGGCAAGCUACCACCGGGUCCACCCGGUGAUCGUCGACGGGGCGCCGCCCGCGGUGCCGGAGCAAAACAAGGAUAAGCUGCCACCGCCACCCAGCGGCGCCUAUGGCGACCGGCUGCCAAUCACCGCCCCUGCGCCCGGCGCGGCGGCCCCGCUGCGCGCGCCGCGGCGGAAGCGGCACAACCGGUGCUGCCGGUGCGUGUGCUGCACGCUGCUGGUGCUGAUCGUGCUCGUGGUCGCGCUCGGCGCCACGGCGGGGAUCCUCUACGCCGUGUUCCGCCCCAAGAUCCCCACGUUCCGCGUGGAGCGGCUGACGGCCACCCGGUUCGACGUGAACACCACCUCCAUGACGGUGAGCGACGCGUUCGAGGUGCAGGUGAUAACGGACAACCCCAACCGGCGCAUCGGGGUGUACUACGACGGCGGCUGGGUCGCCGCCUCCUUCAACGGCACCGAGCUGUGCCGCGGCGCCUUCCCGGCGCUCUACCAGGGCCACCGCAGCACGGUGCGGCCGCUCAUCACGCUCCAGGGGGAGACCAGGCUCGACAGCGCCGUGGCCGCGCAGCUGGCGCAGCAGCGGCAGGCCGGGUUCGUGCCGCUCACGGUCACCGCGCGCGUGCCCAUCCGGAUCAAGUUUGGCGCACUCAAGCUGUGGACGAUGACGGGGAAGGCGCGGUGUAGCCUGGUGGUGGACAGCCUCGAGGCCGGCACGCGGCUCCGCAUCCGAUCCAACAGCUGCACCUUCAAGCUCAAGCCUAAUUAGAUCAUUCCCAAACCAUUUGAGCCGUGCACGGAUUGUGCAUAUAUACGUGUGUCUUGUAUGUAGGAUUGCCGAGGUCCCGUCCCCGUUCCUGUCGAUCUAUAUUGAUUGAGAUCGGAUCGGCAGAUGGUAGAGAUGGGUAGUGCUGUAAAUUUAUUAUUUAUUCAGUUUGGCUCGCAUAUUCAUUAUUUUUAGUGUAAUAAAUAAGAUCCGAGGUGUAUUCCUUUUGCUA